AUGGCAGCACCCGCCAAGUCGUCGCGAUGGGGGUCUUUCCUCCAACAAGCCGUCGCCGGCGUAGAAGCUCGUCUUGAUAAUAUCCUCGCCGAAGGAGAAAACGGCCACAACCAACAAACCUCGCAAAUUCCUCCACGCCCUAUAACACCCGCCAAGGAGCCGACACAGCAAAUUGGACCGGCUCGAUCCUCGACAAGCAGUCGUACCAAUGACCGCCUACAAGAACGCCUGGCCAAAGCUAUGGCCUCCAAGACUGCUCACUCAUCUGACAACAGUAUCGUUACCUCGGAUUCCCACAUUAGACUGAGUGUUGACGGCGGUCAUCCUGAUGCCGCUACUCCACGAAACGAUGAUGCAUCUACUGAGAAUACAACCUCCGACGUUCUCUCCGCUCCAGCUGCUGUCACCGAUACAGUUACAGAAACGAACACAUCGAACAACAGCCAGACAAAGAUAACUUCUGCAAGACAAUCCCAGGACAGCCAACGACGCAUGAGCACUAUAACAAUACUCCAUGAGACAGCGAAUGAUCCCCAGAAACCAAGUCCAAUCAGGUCCUCCAGCAAAGCACCCGAUCCGUCGCCAAUCAGUGCUAGCAUAAAUGGGGUUGCAGUGGAGCCCAAUGAUGGAUGCAGCCAAUGUGAUGCUCUCAGGACUCAGAUAGAAGCGCUUGAGGUUAGAUCCCAACAGGCAGCGAAGGACCAACAGCAAGAGAUACACCGGCAUGUCGAGCAGUUCGAGGCUCUUCAGGUUAAGGUGCAAUACUUGGCAAGAGAUGCGACUGAUGCCGCCCGAAAAUCUGCUGCUGCGGCCCCAGCUGGAAGCUUAGAGCGGAAGCUUGCCGAGAAAGAUGAGAAGAUUGUAUUGCUAAUGGAGGAAGGUCGGAACUUAGCUGCUACGGAGCAGAAACACCGAUCCAUUAUCAGAAAACUAAGAUCGCAGAUUGCCGGAGAUGAGAAGGCGCUGGACGAUUUGCGAGCUCGUUAUGAAAGGGCAAUGGCUGAUUUGGAACCGUUACAUGCCCGGGCAACCCGCGUGGAAGAGCUUGAACAACGGAAUCAGGAGCUGCAGUUUCGAUUUAAUGGGAUGCAAGAUGAACUGAACGCUCUGCAAGCUGAGGCAGCCGCUGACAAAUUCACCAUAGCCAAUUUGCGAGAAGAGCUUCGGAAGGCAACAGACCAAGCCAAUUCAGCUGUUAUUAAGGCCAACGAAGAGACACUGGCGGCGCAAAAACUCCGUGUAAGGGAACUUGAAGAGACUGUUGCUUCCUUGCAGGUUGAGAAGAGCUUAGUUGCUGAGAGGGCAAAAGCCAACAUUGCCGAGGCAGAAGAAAAGGCAAGCCGUGCGGCGGAACGUACACGCGUCAUGGAAAUUGAAAUGAAAGCGGAAAUUCAGGCCAUGGAAGGAAAAUUAGAAGCGAUGCGUGCCUUGGCGGAAGAGGCGUCUUCUGGUGCUAUUGGUGAUUCUCAAGCCAAGCUCCUACGUCAAGUGGAAACACUUCAGACCCAACAUGCGAUCGCUUCUGAGAAUUGGCAAGGCAUAGAGGCUAGCCUGCUUGCUCGCCUCGGCAAUUUAGAGCGGGAGCGAGACGAUGCAUUGCGACGGGAAUCAGACAUGAGGAAGAAGGCUAGGGAAACGGCAACACGAUGCAAACGUCAGGAUGAAGAACUGCAGGAGCUUACUAGCAAAUUCCCCAACUACCAGCGAGACAUCGAGGCAUACAAAUCACGUAUCGAGGCCUUGCAAAAACAGGCAGAGUCCGCUGAAACUGCAUUGAUUCAUACCAAAGCCGAGCUCGAAAAGCAGCAGAUGGCAUGGAAGGCCGAAAAGACGGAGUCAGACCGGCGGCCCUGGUUGGACGACCAUUUAGCGGGCUCCAUCUCAAGGAUACAAAGUCGGCCGGACUCGCCAUUAUUGUCCAUACCAACGCGCACUAUGAGCAACGACUUACUUCUAUUGCAAAGUGCCUCUGGAAAGGGUCGUCAAAUUUCAAACCCAACGAGUGGGGUGGAUGCGUUUCAGGAAGGCUCUUCGCCAGGAAGGCGUUUGUCAAGCCAAACCCCAGUGAGGCCGUCGGUCCUGCUCGGUACCUCCAGUCUGCCCGGAGCAACAACUUUGACUUCAUUUGAUCUACCCCCAGACUCGCUCCCUACGCCGACCUCGCAUGUAGUUGAAAAGGAUGACCUAUUUGACGGUGUAGAAACGACCUCAUCACCUAGACAAAUUAUGCAGGACAUGGUAUCGGUAUCAACAGUUGCCGCAGGACCUUCAGUACAGUUGGUGGAGAGGAUGAGUGCCGCCAUUCGUCGACUGGAGGCUGAAAAGGUAACUUCGCGUGAAGAACUCGCAAGAAUCUCGGGUCAGAGAGAUGAGGCAAGAGCAGAACUAGUCGCCCUCAUGAAAGACUUGGAAUCUGGAAAGACAGCCUCGAAACGAGUCACUGAACUAGAGGCUCAGGUCGAAGACAUUAAUUCGAGGUACCAGACAACGCUAGAGCUACUCGGGGAGAAGAGUGAACUAGUGGAAGAGCUUCGUGCUGAUGUGCAGGAUGUCAAGGCUAUGUAUCGCGACUUAGUAGAGCGUACCGUCAGGUAA